AUGGGUUAUCUGAAUCAUGGAACGUCUCUCCCUCUACUUCUCUGUGUACAUCUUUUGUUGCCACUACUUCCGUUUGCUACGGCAGAGAUAGCCUCCGAGAAGCAAGCACUCCUUGCUUUUGCCUCUGCAGUCUACCGUGGCAACAAGCUGAAUUGGAGUCAAAAUAUCUCACUGUGCUCUUGGCAUGGUGUGACAUGCUCACCGGAUCGAUCGCGUAUAUCGGCCCUUAGGGUGCCAGGUGCUGGUUUGAUUGGUAUUAUUCCUGCUAAUACUCUUGGCAGGCUUGUGUUCCUCCAAGUUUUAAGCCUGAGGUCUAACCGUUUGAGUGGAAGCCUUCCAUACGAUGUUGCCUCACUUCCUUCUUUACAAGCCAUAUUUCUUCAGCACAACGAACUGUCAGGAGACUUGCCUCCAUUUCUUUCCCCAAACCUUAAUACCCUUGAUCUCUCUUACAACUCCUUUACAGGACAAAUCCCAUCAGGUUUGCAGAAUCUUACCAAAUUAUCUGUCCUGAAUUUAGCAGGAAAUUCCCUGUCCGGGCCAAUUCCUGAUCUCAAACUUCCUAGCCUAAGACAGCUAAAUCUGAGCAACAACGAACUGAAUGGUUCAAUUCCUCCCUUUCUCCAAAUCUUCUCAAAUAGCUCCUUCUUAGGGAACUCUGGAUUGUGUGGGCCGCCUCUAACUGAAUGUUCCUUUCUAUCUUCACCAACACCAUCGCAAGCGCCUUCACCACCAAAAUUGCCACAUCAUGAGAAGAAGGCUGGCAAUGGCUUGGUAAUUGCGGCUGUCGCUGGGAGCUUUGUCAUAUUUCUGCUAGCUGCUGUGAUGUUCACUAUGUGCAUUUCAAAGAGGAAGGAGAAGAAAGAUGAAGUGGGUUACAACGGUAAGGUCACUGAUGGUUUAAGGAUUGAGAAGCACAAAGAGGAUGUCAGUAGCGGUGUCCAAAUGGCUCAUAAGAACAAGUUAGUUUUCUUGGAGGGAUGUAGUUACAACUUUGACUUGGAGGAUUUAUUGAGAGCAUCUGCCGAAGUUCUUGGAAAAGGGAGCUAUGGAACUGCCUACAAGGCUAUACUUGAGGAUAGCACUAGUGUGGUAGUCAAGAGGCUAAAGGAUGUUGUGGCAGGGAAGAAAGAAUUUGAGCAGCAGAUGGAGCUCAUAGGGAGGGUAGGUAAACAUGCAAACAUCGCACCUAUUCGGGCCUACUACUACUCGAAGGAUGAGAAGCUUGUUGUUUAUGAGUAUAUUGCUACUGGCAGCUUCUCAGCUCUGUUGCAUGGUAUUAAGGGCGUGUGUGAGAAGACCCCAUUAAAUUGGAACACCAGGAUGAAGAUCAUACUUGGAACAGCACACGGUAUAGAGCACAUUCAUUCAGAAGGUGGCUCCAAGUUCGCACAUGGCAAUAUCAAGUCAACCAAUGUCCUGCUCGAUCAAGACCACAACCCUUAUGUCUCAGACUUUGGGCUGAGCUCUUUGAUGAGCCUUCCAAUCAACACUUCCCGAGUUGGCACUGGUUACCGGGCUCAAGAGACCUUUGAAUCAAGGAAGUUCACUCACAAGUCUGACGUGUACAGUUUCGGUGUUCUCCUCAUGGAGAUGCUGACAGGCAAAGCCCCCCUUCAGUCACAGGGUCAGGAUGACGCCGCCAUCGAUCUACCAAGAUGGGUGCAUUCAGUGGUCCGCGAGGAGUGGACCGCUGAAGUGUUUGAUGUCCAGCUGAUGAAGUAUCCUAACAUAGAAGAUGAGCUGGUCCAGAUGCUCCAUAUUGCCAUGGCAUGCACAGCGUGGUCUCCAGACCGACGUCCGACAAUGGUGGAGGUGAUCAGGAUGAUGGAUGAGCUCCGGCAGCCUGCUUCCGAGAGCCGCACUCCCUCCAUUGGCAAUCCCACGGAAUCCAGUCCUCUGUCAGCCUGA